AUGUACACCCCUCCCACUACCUCAGAAUGGUCUCCCUCGAGAUUAAACCCGAGUCACAGAGUGCCCCCCAAGACUCAGUAUGCGACAGCGGUCAUCUCAAACGCAAAGCCCACACAGAGCCUACAACACCAACGGCCCCCCAUCUUUGAGCUCUCCAGCGACAGCGACGAGCCACUGAUUAAAAAGCAUCGCAAGUCCUCCACAGCUGUUCCAGCAGGGCGGGGUCUCAGCGGCAGUGAUAAAUCAGCCGCGGCUCCUGCCGCCGGGGAAAAAAGAAAACCACCUGUUCUGUCCGAUAUACCAGACGCUGCCUAUCAGGCGGUCAUCCGUCAAUAG